UGCUGUUUGACGAGGCGCCUCUGUUCUUCCGCAUCACACUUUUUUUUUAUUCUCAGCUGAAUUUAAGUUUGUGUAGUUUAAAUGGCGCGCAGAAGAGCAGCUGGCCAUGAAACUGUUGGAAAUGUUCAGUCUGAGAGAAAGAAGGCAGCAGAAGAGUGUCUUUCUGUGAAACAGCAGCAGGAGAAGAGGAGCUGCUGGACGACGGUGUUAUUUUUAGGGAAAAUUCUCCUCCUUGUCAUUUUCAUCCCACCUUUCCUUAAUUACGCCUCGCUUCAGAGAGAAGAGCAAGAGCUCAGACCAAGAGAUGCACAGUUGAUAGAUAUAGGCUUGGGCCAGAAGAUCAACCUCAUCUGCAAAGGCCGAGGACAUCCAGUUGUGCUGCUUGACGCUCCAACCGGAAUGUCGUCUGAUAUUUGGCAUGAUGUGCAAGAGAGCGUUUCCCAAACCACAAAGGUUUGUGCCUAUGACAGAGUGGGCCUGGGCUUUAGCAGGAGAGCGCUGCAGAACGACACGACAGGCAUGGAGAAAGUGUGGAGGUUAUCAACUACUGGAAGGAUGGUGGACGACCUCCACCGGUUGGUCAAGGCUGCUGAGAUAGCCACGCCCUUCAUUCUGGUCGGCUCCGAACUGGGUGCGCUGAACGGCAGGUUUUAUACUCACAUCUAUGACGCGCAAGUGUCGGACUUGGUGCUGAUCAAUCCCAUUCCAGAGGACGUCUUUGAAGAGGAGAUGUGGCAGCAGUACUGGUACACACACCUGGUGCCCUCAUUACAGAUGAUUCAGCUCUCCGCAGCCACUGGUGUGAGUCGUCUUCUCCUCAUCCUGCGGCUGAUGGAGCCGAGUUUCAGUGGAGAGAGUGUCUCAGGAGAUCUGCUUCAACGUCAGAAAUACCUCUUGAGUAACCCGGCUCACCAGAGCAGCGCCGUGGACGAGCACUACUUCCUGAACGAGAGCGUGUCUCAAGUCAGAGAGAUCUCCAAGUUCAAGCUGCUAUCUAGCAGAAUAUCAUUGAGCGUUAUUGUUGGGGACUCAUUUGAUCAACAGCUCCCUGCUCACCUCAACCAAGUUUUUGCUGAUGUGCAGAGGAAGUGUUUAAAGCGAGUUUACCCUCAGGCCAAGCUCAUUCACAUUCAUGGGGCGGACCGUCACAUGAUCUCUAAAAAGGCAUCAUCGCAUCCCUCCCAAAAUCCUCUCCCACCCCUUUUGUUAAGUAACAUCAAUAAAAUUACUUUCAUACAAUUGUUGUUCUUCAGGAGUUAGAAAUAUCUGCCAUGUUCCCAUUCUCCUAAUACUGUUUUCAGUAAUGUUCUUUUUUUUUUAACAAAGUAUUGCAUUGAGAGCAAAUUUUUAAAAAGGGAGCUCAAAAUGGAUCGCAAACUGAAAUACGAGUACUAUACAAGAACGCUGCCAUCGUGAUGAAAACACCAACUUCUGAGUAAAAAAACAGAAAAAACCCAAAUAAAAUUAAACAAAGGUGGGGGGGGGGGGGAGACAAAGACCAACAGCUACAUACAAAUGCAAAGCUGGAUGUACGGUACUGUAUAUGCCAAAACAUGAGAUGCAGAGUUGUGCCUGGUUUUCCCUUCAAACCGUGUUUAAGGCUGAGAAGUCAAGAGUACUGCAAAUGACAUUUAGGCAUAUACCAAAAAAAAAAAAAAAAAAAAGACUUACAGCAAAUAAGAAUGCACAAGUGCUUCAGUAGCUAUUUUUGUGUCUAAAAUGCAUUUCCGUUUUGUAUUGUCUAUCGUCUUGUUGCUGAACCUACAAUACAGUGUAAACGAUGAUUGCUACACAAGAAUGACUAUACAAUAACAUUACAAACAACUCUGAUAUAAAUUUCCUUUUUGUGUUUUAAAUUAAGGUCACUACUCCUAUUAAUACUGAUUGUAAAAUAAAUAAAGGUGAAAGUGGCACCAAUAUUACACAUGGAAUCUUUUUGUUGACAAAAGUUUUGCAUCAAAGUCUCGAGGGAAAAAAAUGAAAGAUGAAGCUCUUGAUUGUCCACAAGCAGCAUAUAAAACUGCAUGAUGCACUAUUCCAGACACGACAGUGUAGCGAAAAAGAUAGAAGGAGGAGGAGGAGGAGGAGGAAGGAGAGAUGAAAGGAGGGAGAGUAAGAUUUCAUUUCACGUGCUCGGCAGCAUGUGACGAACAAUAGAACUUCUUGUGAGUGAUAAAGUUUGAUAAGUUAUUGAACUGGAUGUCACACAGGCGGCAGUACUUGCCGCUUCCGGCUGGCUGAGCCGAACCAUUUAUGCCUUUGGCCACAACAGGCGGCGCAUCCUCAUCUGGCGAUUUAGAUGUGGGGGAUGUGCUGCCGUUAGGAUCUGGGGGGUUCUCGGCGACCCAUGUGGGAGAAGUUUGCCCGUCUGUUGGCGAUGCGUUGUUGGGCUGGUUCUCUUGUUGGGUGGGUACCGAUGAUUGGCUGUCUUCCACUUUGUGCCCGCCGUUGACGAUGACCAUUCCCCUGUUUUUCGGGAGCAGGGGCAGUGGGUCUUUGCCAGGUUGAGGGCAGCCAUUGGCUGCUGGUUGCUCUUUGCCUUCUUCAGUUGCUCCGUUAGUACCCGGCUCCUGGUCACAGGGUUCACCCUGUUUCACCAUGCCUCCUGCCAGGAAAUCACUAGGCUUUAUCCCAAAGUAUGGUGAUAUUGGCUCAGUUGUUUUAAUCUUUUUUAUUGCUCCAGGGUAAAGGCUGUGUGGUAAAAACACUUCUUUGGAGGGCAGGAGCUGGGGCUCAUUGAAAGUCUUUAGCUCUGGCACAGGUCCAAGGUGUGGAGGAAACAGACUGCCGUUCUGCACCGUCACCUUGGCGCCACCAUUUUUCUCAGAUUUCACAGGACUCUUGUCAAACAUGUCAUCAGGAUUAGUGCCUUCAAUCUUCAUGCCUGGAAAGACAGGCUGGUCCAUGGCACCGGCCUCACUGUGCUGAGCAGCUGUAACUGGGCAAAAGUUCUGUUUAUGAGCUAAGUAGUUCUCCACCUUGUUAAAACUUAUCUUGCAAACGGUGCAUUCAUGAUAGUCUAAGAGUCUUUUGGGUGAGUUACAUGUCUUGUCUGGGACAAGCGAGCACUUUUUGCUGAGAUCGAUCGGCGCAUCCAGUUCUUGCGUGUCAGUAAUGGCAUUGCUUUUGGGUGCUAGGAUGGAUUUUGUGACUGUAAGAGAAGCCUCAAGGUGUUUCGGGACCAUCCCUGGAAAAACGUCGCAACGUGGAUGGAAGCGGUCAGCCAGGCCUUCUACAGUUUCUUGGGAUGUACAAGGAUUUCCCAGAGUGGGAACACCCAGAAAUCCAGGCUGUGGUCCUAUUGGCUGUCUCUGUUCCUGGUCUGGCAGGCACAUUUCGUACAUCUUCCUGCGUUUGCGUGUCCUCAUGGUUCUCUGCAUGGCAGGUACCUUGUUAGCAGACAUGCGCUUCAUGGGGGGGUCAUGGCGCGUGGCACAGUAAUACUGUUUGUGGACCAUGUACGUUUCAUGACGACUGAAGGUGAUGUUGCAGGCCUCACAGGUGGUUUUGUUUGGAUCAUUCUCACCUUCCCCUAAGGACGUGUUUGGACUUUUGACUUCAGCCUGCUUACCAUUGAGUCUGUCUUCAGCACCUGUCGGUGUGGUGACCUUUUUCACCUGUCCACUGAGGUCUUUAUCAGGCACUUUACCACUGGCAUUAAUAAUGUCCAAAACGGAGGAAUUCAAGCAUGCUGACGGCAUUAGAUGAUCGGUCUCUGGUGGGUGGCAUCCAGCAAGCAACCCUACUGAACUGUGACCACUGUUUGGACUCACAGAGUCUGUCACCUUGUCUGAAACAGUGGAGAAAUCCGGAGAUUUUGCCAUGUGCUGCCAGCGACUAUUGCAGUAGUGCUUUUUGUGGACAAGGUAGUUGUCCAGAUUAUUGAAAGUUAUGUUACACUCAAAGCAGGUUGCCCCUUUUGGCAUCAGAGGACUAUAGAUGACUGGCGGGUAACUGUUCCCUCCAUGGCGUAGUCUGCGAUGCACAAGUUCUGACAUUUUGGCUAAAAUCUCAGAUGCUUGGGGUACUACUGAAAUGUCUUGAGAGAAUGCAAACUGAGACAGGAACGGGCCCAUAGGAAAUGUGGGUCCCAUGUUGUGUUGAACUGGUGAGGAGGCCAGUCUGGGACUGGAAGGCUCCGACUUGAUCCUGGUGUAAGAGAAACUGGCCUUGGCACCCGGGUGACCGUCUCCUUUCUGAAGUCCAAGCACAAGCUUUUUCUCGGUUCUCUCCAGCUCUCCAUCGGGGGCACUGUCCUUGUUGACCACAGUUUUGGGGCUCUGCAUGACUACGUCCUUCCUGGCAGCUAGCUCUGUUCGGGUCUGCAGACUUUCCUCUGUCCCCCGUGGUGAUUGCUCGUUGUCGCUCUCCCUGUGGAUCUUGCCGGAGUGGCCGUGUAAGUCCUGAUGCUGCAAGAGUUCCCUGUGGUUCUGGAAGCUGAUAUGGCAGUGAUUGCAUCUGAAGGCCGCCUGUGAUAGGUGAGUGAGGAUAUGGUGCUGGAAUGUAAUGAGAGAAUCCGCUGUGUAGUUGCAGAUUGUGCAUUUCAAGCUGGUACCAGGGGGGAGUGUCUCUUCCAUUUUGACACCUGAGGAAGAUAAAAAAAAAAAAAAGGGAGAUAUCAGAUUUGGUGCUCGCAUGUUACGGUAGUCAACAUACUAUCUUGCAUGUUAGACAGGAUGGAAACUCCGUUAGCUGAUGGCUUAACUGAGUUACGGCCCUGGUCACACUGUUGGUCUCACUCCAAAAAAAAUGUCAUGUCUAAGCUCCUGUUAGAUAUUUAUCACCAAAAGCACAGCAUGGCCUAAAAAUGUUCAUAUAGGCCUAGCUUGUGGAGCAUAACCAUUUCUUUUCUGAUCUAUUUCCAGAUGACCACAGGCACCCAAGGCCUCCCAUCUGGCCAUAUGCCGUGUUGCAUCCAGAUAUUGGACCAGAUAGGAACUAUUCAUGUUUUUU